AUGCAAAAUGAUAUUUUACAAGAAAUAAUACCAUUACCACUUCCGCAUGAACGAUCUAUACAACUUGAAAGUGAAUUAAAGAAAAUAAUAUCAGAACAAAUGACAAAUGAUGAAAUUCUAAUUAUAAACAGAUGCCUUUUUCAAACAACCAAACAAAAGCAAAUUGUUCUUUUUGGUUAUAAUAGAAAAGUUAUUGACAUAAAGAAACAAAUUUCAAAUAUUAUCGAAACAAAUAUUCUAAUUACAUACACAUUAAAUUCAAUAAGUGCAUAUGAAAUGCAAUCUAUUAUGGAAACUCAUUCAAAUGAAUUGACAAAUAUUGAAAGAAAAUAUGCAAAACUUGGUGUUUGUUUACGAUUAAGAUUAAAUGAAUUUUCAGCUCCUCGACAUUUAAAAGAUGAAAUUGAAUCUUCUAUUCAAAAACUUUUAUUUCAAUCAACAUCAAAAACAACAACAAUGCUUGAAAGUAUUCCACUAUUUACGCCUAUUGCUGAGAAAGAUGAACAAUAUUUAAAAUCUAUUGCACAGCAUAAUCGUUGUUAUCUUAAAACUGAAUUAAAACAUAAUUAUCAAUCGUAUCCUGUACCAAAAGCAACGAUAUCCAACAAACAAACAUCAAAAUCAAUAAUAGAACAGUCUGAACAUUUUUGUUCUUCAACUGAUGUUUUUAAAAAACUGAUUAUAGCCAAUGGAUCAAUUGAACUUCGUACAGGAGAUAUAGCUUUACAAAAAGUUGAUACAAUCAUCAUUUCAACAAUGUUCAAUGGAUUAAAAGAUGGUGUCAUUGAACGAUUAGGUGAGAUAGAAUAUGAAAAAACUUUUUCACAAAUCGAUGGUACAAUGUAUACUGAAACCAAUGGAGGUAAAUUAUAUUGUAAAAGAAUUUUAUUUUCUAAUUGGUUACCUAAUUCAUUAAUAAAUAAUGAUAACGCUUUACGAUUAUCAAUACAAACAUUUGUUUCAAAAUCUAUUGAAUAUACAGUAAAAGAAAAAGAUACACAAUCGAUUGCAUUUGUUGUACCAGAUUCAUGUACAAAUGAAAGUAUUCUAGUUGAAGAAAUGAUUAAUGAAGUCAAGCGACAAUUGGAAGUAAACAAGUUACAAUUGAAAAUUUCAUUCGUAUGUUUACCUGAACAGCAAACUCUACAUGAACAAUUCUCUGAUAUUAUUACUCGAACAAAUCAAGAUGAUAUUUCUUUAUAUCUCGAAUGGCCUACUACAAUCAUUCAAAUAGCAUUGAUUGGGUCAACAAUGGAACGUGUAACACGAUGUAAACAACAACUAAACAAAUAUCUUUCACAAUGUAUUUCUACAGUAAAAAUAAUACAUUCAAAUGAUAUUUUUCAAUCUUGGGAUCAACAAACAAUAAAUUCAUUUUAUAAAUAUUGUAAAGAUAGAUGUGUAUUACCAAAACUUGAUGAAACUAAAACUGAAAUAGAAUUAAUUGGUCCAGCUACUAGUAUUUUAGAAGCUAAAAAGAAGUUUCAUAUCUUCUCUGAAUUAAUGAAAGAAAAACUAUAUUCGAUAUCAACUGUAGAACGUUCGAGUUCAGCUAUUCAUUACUCAACACGAUCUAAAGAUAAAAUUAAUAUGAAAAUGAUUAAAUUGUACAAUAUUGUUAUUAAUUAUAGUCAAAAUGAUCUAAGAAAAUGUAAACGUUUAAUCAAUCGAUUAACUGAAGAAGGUUUUUCUGUCGGAACAUAUUCAGAGAUAACUGAAGAGAAACACAAUUUAUAUUCUCAAAUGGAUAAAUCGGAUUGUAUUAUAUUGUGUAUCAGUGAAAAUUAUUAUCGAAAUUUACAAUGCAUAGACGCAGCUAAGUAUGCGUUUCAAACAGAUAAAAAAGUUUUUCUAGUAAAAAUUCAAAAUAAUCCUUUACUUGGUUGGGAUAAUAAUCUAUUUGAAGGAAAAUUAUUUUUUCAUUCAUUUGGUUCAGAUAAUUACUUUGAUCUAGAAUAUGGACGAUUAUUAGUUGAGUUAUUACGAUAUACAAAACCUGGUUUUCUUUCUCUUUUACAAAGAAGAUCCAGUUGCAUACAACAAGAUAUUGAUGAAUUUCGAAGAAGGCAAAUAGGAGAACAACAAUCAUUGAUUGAAAAUCAAACAGUUCGAACAUCAUCAACAUCAAAACUUCUUGAAAUUAUGAAAUCACAAAACAGAAUCAUUGAUACUACUAGAGAAGAAAGACACUCAAAUAUUCAUUUGAAAACUACUGUUUAUAAACGUAAGUUUAUUUCAUAA